CGGGUACUCUACUGGCUAUUCCAAUCAGCACACGUUGAACAUCCAGCAGUUAGGUCAGCUCUGGAAUACGCAGAACACAGGUGGAAAGCAUAUUCUACCUCACACCUUCAGCACGCGCGACCGUCGCCGCACCGCCAUCCCGCUCGGUCAUUGCAUCGGGGGCAAAACUAGCUUCAAUUGCAAGGUAUACAAAUAACUGCUUGCGAUUCGAUCUGAAUCUCGAUUGACAUGCUCAUGCAAGACUCGAUCGAUCUCGCAUUGAAGAUGACUACCGGCCUUCCCACCAAGCUGAUCCUCAAGGCUUCCGCCGCCCACCCCAAGCCAGAAGGCGUCACAUUCAGCUAUGGCACCGCCGGCUUGCGCACCAAAGCAGCAGUGCUGGACAGUGUAUGCUUCCGCAUGGGGUUGAUCGGCGCUUUGAGAAGCAAGCGACUGCAAGGCAAGGUCGUCGGUCUCAUGGUCACCGCCAGUCACAAUCCAGAAGAAGACAAUGGAAUCAAAGCAGUCGAUUCUCGCGGCGAGAUGCUCGAAGCUGCCUGGGAGCCGUUCUGCACACAGCUGGCCAAUGCCUCAACCGACGAUGAACUCAUCUCCGUCCUCGAGUCCAUCAUUAUCACAUUCAAGAUCGAUCUCUCCAUCCCAGCAACAGUUGUAUACGGUCAUGAUACCAGGCCCUCGUCCCCGCAUCUCGUCAAGGCCCUCGUCGAUGGCCUUGUAGCUUUCGGCACGCAGCUCAUUGAUGCAGGACUCAAGACCACGCCGCAGCUGCAUUACCUCGUCAAGGCGCACAAUACAAAGGGCACGCCCGAAGCAUAUGGAGAACCGAGCGAGGAAGGCUAUUACAAGAAGAUCAGCCAGGCAUACCUCAAACUUGUAGCUGGUAAACCAUCACUAUCUCCCCUUGUAGUCGACUGCGCAAACGGCGUUGGUGCACCAGCGCUGCUCGCAAUCACCAAGUACAUCGCAGCCGACGCACUUCCGGUUCGCAUCCUCAGGACCUCCACCGGCGUUCAAGGCGCAUUGAACAAUGGCUGCGGCGCCGACUUUGUCAAGACGAAUCAGCGCCUACCAAUUGGGUUAGAAAAGGACGGCAUCGAGGCCGGAGAUCGAUUGUGCGCUUUCGACGGCGAUGCAGAUCGUUUGAUUUAUUUCUACUGCAACGGCCCGCCAAGCACCAAAUCCAGCUUUCGCUUGCUGGACGGUGACAAGAUCGCAUCGCUGGCCACGGAUUACAUCUCGGAGCUUGUCAAGAAGGCAGACAUCGACAUUAAAGUCGGUUGCGUGCAGACCGCUUAUGCGAAUGGCAGCUCGACAAAAUAUCUCAAGCAGCGCGUGCCCGUCACCUGCACACCCACUGGUGUAAAAUAUCUCCACCAUGCGGCGGAAGCGUACGACAUUGGGGUAUACUUUGAAGCCAAUGGGCACGGUACGGUGCUCUUUUCGCCCGAGGCGGUCCGUACCAUCAAAGCAGCUCAGGCGUCACCCUCCUCGCCAGCAGCACAGGAUGCGCUCGAGCAACUGGAACAGCUGACAGAGCUGAUCAACCAGACUGUCGGAGAUGCGAUCUCCGACAUGCUCCUCGUCGAGUUCAUCCUCCGCGCACGGCAGUGGGGACCUGAGGAGUGGGAUGGUGCGUACGAAGACCUGCCGAACAAGCUGCUCAAAGUCAACGUCAAAGAUCGCAGCGCCUUCAAGACGACCGAUGCGGAGCGGCGCCUGACUAGCCCGGCAGGCUUGCAGGAGAAGAUCGAUGAGCUGGUGGGCAAGUACAAAGGCGCAAGAAGCUUCGUCCGGCCUAGUGGCACCGAAGAUUGCGUACGAGUCUAUGCAGAGACGGCGCUGGCUAGUGACCUCGAUUCGCUCGCAAAUGGGGUGGCCAAGCUAGUGCAGGAAAGCAGCGGGUCAACUUAAAACUCGCAUACACAAGGAAAUCAAACUGGCGUACAUGUCAAAUACAAAAAGGAGUUGUGAUCAAGCCGGAAACUAUAGAUAACGCCUUUCACAUCGUCUGGUAUAACCAGGAAGCCUGGCAACGCUGGAUCGCUCAUUACUUGUAGCUUCUCUAUCUCUGGCAGCCUCGCUGAAUCGCAUGCCGCUGCAAUUGCC